UGAGAUGAGGGUGGAGACCUCUGGUUAAAUUCCCUCUCCUUUGUCUCUCUCAGUCAUUCCAUGCCAGGGUCUGGGCCUGUGACCUCCUCCAGGCCAACUCGCCCCAGGCUUCCUGUGGGGAAUCGGUGCCCUAAACCAAAGGCUGCUCCAGUCCCCCCAAACCCAGCCCCUCUGCCCCUCCUGGCAUGGAGCCAGUCCCAUCCCCUCCGGUCUCUAACCUGAAUGGCAACUGGCACUACCAGUUCCGGAUCAUCCUGCUGGGGGAUUCCACCGUGGGCAAGUCCUCGCUGCUGAGGCGCUACACUGAGGGCUGCUUCAUCCCGGCUCCCUGCCCCACCGUGGGCGUGGAAUUCUACAGCAAGAUGAUGGAGCUGCCUCCCGGCAUCAAGGUGAAGCUGCAGCUUUGGGACACAGCUGGCCAGGAGAGAUUCAGGUGCAUUACCAGGUCUUUCUAUCGGAACGCGGUGGGCGUGCUGCUGGUGUUUGACAUGACCAAUCGGAAGUCCUUCGAGCACAUCAUUGAGUGGUACCACGAAGUGGCCAGCAUCCAAAUUAUGGAGAAGGUCGUCUUCCUCCUGAUUGGCCACAAAAGUGACUUGAAGUCAGACUGCAAAGUCUCCGCCGAGGAAGCGGAAGGGCUGGCAGCCUCCCUGGGCAUAGGCUUCAUUGAAACAUCUGCCAAAAGCAAUAGCAAUGUGGACUUGGCCUUCGAGACCUUGACCAACACCAUCUACGAGGCGCUGAAGAACAAGGAGAUCGACUUGCAGGAAGGCUGGGAGGGGGUGAAGGUGAUUCACAAGAGAACCUGCAACCCCCAGAAGAAGAGGCGAAAACCACAAGAAAAAUGCCAAUGUUAACCCAGCAUCUAGGCGCGAGGACCUGGCAGGAGAGGGUGGGGGGAUGAAAGUGGUGGGGGAGGGGCUGAUUGAGAAAUAAACUAGAGAAGGGGUCUCUAGGAAGAAUAACUCCCCC